AUGUUUGGUGGAACUAUUUGGCCAGUGCUGAGGAUCCAGCCCCUAAACCACCGCGAGUGUGCCACACAAAUCAUAGCGAAGGCCACAGCACUGCUGGAACUCGACAGCACCAAAUGUGCCAAACUACCAGCCCCAUCUUUCGAUGACUUUUUCCACAGAGUGAUUACCUUGGCCAAGAAAACUCGCGAGCAAGCAGCUGGGCAGGAGAUCUUUGGAAAACUGAACAGUUUGCAGCCGAUCGUAAAGGACAUCACCCUCGUCAAGAAUACCAUCGACAACACACUCGCAUCGCCUGCUUCGUCGCACCCAAUGCAGCUACCUGCAUCGCCUCUUGGGCUGGCGUCCGUCCGUCUGUUCGGGCACGCCCUCAUAUCCGUCGGCACCGAAUAG